AAUGUGGAAUGGCGGGGGCAGUGACCAAGAUUGUGGGAGGACAGUCUGUAGGAUCGCUGGAGUUCCCCUGGUAUGUAGCCCUGGUGUCUCCCACUGGCUCUUCCACACUUCAGGUAUCCUGUGGUGGAUCUCUCAUCACUAGCAGACAUGUCCUCUCUGCAGCUCACUGCUUUCCCAGGUCAUCUGGCGUACAACCAGAGCAGCUGUACCGAGCAGUCCUAGGUCUGGUCAACAGAUGUUCUCAGCAACAUCCUGACAUGGUCACCAUCGCAAGGGUCAGAGUUCAUCCGGAGUACAACCCUCAGACACAACAGGCUGAUGUCUCAGUGAUCACCCUGGCCAGAACUGUAUCCUACACUCCAGUCUGUCUACCACCUAGGAAUUAUCAACCAUAUGGGCCCGCGGUAGUGAUCGGGUUUGGAUCGACCCUGGCCAAGUCGCAGUACCCCUGCACUCUGAUGCAGGCACAGGUGGACAUAUACAGCAGACGGCAAUGCGCUCGCAGCAGUCUCGCUCCAGAGUAUUCCCAUGUCCCAGGUACCAUCUGUGCUGGAGUACCUGCCGGGGGCGUUGACUCUUGCGAUGGGGACAGUGGUGGUCCUAUAAUGACAGUUGGUAAAGAUGGAGCAUACAUUGUGCAAGGUAUUGUAUCAUUUGGAGAAGGGUGUGCCCGGAAGAACUUGCCUGGUGUCUAUACAAAAGUUUCAGCAUACAGAGAGUUCAUAGAUUCUUCUGUGAAUAGCACUGAUGGUGAAGAUGGAGACUUUUCAACCCCUCUUGAUACCGAUCCUACCACAUCCUCUCCUCCUUCCCUCCUAGACUCCCUCCUGACUCUCCUGUUCUCCUGGGUCAACGUUGAAUCGUCCAUCGGUUCCAGUGGUGGUAGUGAUGAUGCUUCUGGUGACGGUAGUUCUACUUCGCGUCCGCUCUCUGCUUGGGAAUAUUUCUUGCUGCAGCUCUUCAACCCCAACCACCGCAGAAGAACCCGUCCCUCACACCAGAGGGUCUUAGGUGCACAGUAGAGUUGAGCUUUCUGUAUAAUCAGUUUGCAGAUUGCAGCCUUAUAGACUAGAAACGACCAUCAAAGACCAGUACUUCUGAGCAACUUCCUCUCAAAAAUCUCCUCAGAGCUGAAUUGAUCCUCAGUGGACCACGGAUGGGUGCCAUCCCCUCGCCGC